GCAUUGACUCCACGCUGGGCCGUCCUGCCCAUGGGCUUCACCUCGAGCUUGUGGAUCGCGCAGAUGAUCAACAAGGCCAUGGUGGCGAGGUCUGCGCCCUCGCUGCCGGGGCCCCCUCUGCAGGACUGCGGGCCGCCGCUGGUGGCGAGGCCUGGGCUGGCAGAGGAGGCCGACAAGAUCGGCGUGAGCGACUGGCUGCGCGGCUGGAGCGAUCUGGUGGCGCAGACCGACAGCAGCCGCGAGGGCUGCGCCGUGGCGCGGGCCUUCUGGCCCCUGGGCGCCGCGAGGGAGGCGGGCCGCACCUCCGAGCGCCAGCGCUACCGGCGGGUCGGGUCUCGUCGCGCCCGAGAGAGCGCCGUCGAGACCGCGGGCUUCAGGCGGCAGGCGGACGGGAGCUGGUCGGUCGCCUCGGGGCCAGAUGAGUGGGACUGCGACGAGCCGCCCUCGGAGGCGGCGCGAGAUUGGGAAAUCGACAAGUCUUUUCCUGAG